AUGGCAGAGGCCGAGGCUGUGUACCGCUACGAGUCCGGUUACAUCUCCCACAGCGCGAAGAAGGACUACGGGCCCUUGGAUUUCACCGGAAAAUUAGCUGGGGGUUUGCGCCUCGACAUUCGCAGAAGGGCGCCGCUAUUUUGCAGUGAUUGGACGGAUGCCUUUAUGCCGGAGAACUUCCAAAAAUCGGUGUCUUCAAUCUUGUAUCUGUUCAUAGCAGCCCUUGCCCCUGCGAUUACCUUCGGCAGCCGGUUCCUAGAUGGCACGAACGGCCAAUUUGGAGUGUUGGAGAUGAUAAUGAGUACUUCGAUUUCGGGCUUGAUCUUUUCAACAUUUGCGGGCCAACCUUUGUCGAUCCUUGGAGCUACGGGUCCCUUCUUGGCGUACACCUUGGUCGUCUACGACCUCGCUAUUGCGGUCGACAUAGAAUUCAUGCCAUUUUACUUCUGGACCUGCAUGUGGUGCUCGGUGUUCACGAUCCUCGUGGCGGUGUUCGACCUGUGUGCACUCAUGAAACAUGUGACCAUGUUCAGUGAGGAUAUCUUCGCGGGACUGAUAUCUUUGAUCUUCAUCAUUGACGGAGUAAGGCCAAUCAUCGAGAAUUUCACGGAGAGCAGGCUCACGCUCACGAAUUGCAUGUUCGAGACCUUGUUGUUCAUUUGGACUUUUGGAUGGGCGACAUACUUGUCCAGCUUCCGGCGCACACCUUGGACCUUCCGAGCCAUCCGCAACUUUGGGGCGAACUUCGCGGUCACCAUCGCCUUGGUUUCGGGUUCAGCAAUGGCCGCCAUUUACUCGAACGACACGGGCCUGAGGAUGUUGCAGGUGGAUGCUGACUUCGCCCCGAACUUGAGCUUGUCCGAUGGCAGCAAGCGGCCCUGGAUCGUGAAUCCUGCUGGCAUCGACCGCCCGUUCCCGGCUUGGGGCAUUGCUUAUGCGGUGCUGCCUGCCAUUGGCUUUGCAGUGUUGGGAUACUUGGAUCAGAACCUCACCAGUGUGAUUGUGAACCGGCCAUCCAACAACCUGAAAAAGCCCCCCGCGUAUCACCUUGACUUGUUUGUGCGUGGUGCACUCACACUUCCUGUUUGCGCUGUGCUGGGCUUGCCCCUGUCCGUGGCCUCCACGGUGCCCAGCAUCACCCAUGUGAUCUCGUUGACCACCUACGAGGUGCAGCAGCUUCCGGAAGGCGAGCGCAAGGUGCCUACGAAAGUGGUGGAGCAGCGCGCCACGAACUUCCUUAUCCAUGUGCUGAUAGGGCUCGCGCUCUUCCUUGCACCGGUGCUGAAGUUCUUGCCGCGGGCCGUGCUGCAGGGCGUGUUCUUCUACAUGGGCAUCGCAUCCUUGACCGGCAACAACUUGUUCGACCGCUUGAAGCUGUGGCUCAUCUGGGACCCGGCCAGGUACCCACAGUACCACUACAUCCAGAAGCUUCCGAUCCAGCGUGUGCACCUUUACACCUUGGUCCAGGUCGUUUGCCUUGGCAUUCUUUAUGGUUUGAAAGCCAUUAAGGAAACCUCCGUGGUGUUCCCGUUCUUCAUGGCGUCCUUGGCCAUCAUUCGCAAGGCCCUGAAGUGCAUGUUCACGGAGGAGGAGCUCAAGCAGCUGGACUCGCUUCCUGGGGAUGAUGAUGAGGAGGUUGAGGCAUCAAAGCCGGGAGCCGAUCUCGUAAACCUGGAGGGGCAGGACGAGACGUCCAAGAAGGAGGAGAUGGCGAUCUGA